AUGACUUCGAUAAUACCCGCCCGGGCAAUCAUCCCCUUCCUGGACAACCAAUGCGUUCGCAACUGUGACGACCCUGACCCGCUUAAGCGGAAACACUUCGAGCAGCCCGUCAUCCAGACCCUCCAGAUGUUCGUCGGUGAGAUGGGCUGCUGGGUGGUCGUAGGCAUCAUGUCACUCUGGACCCGUUACGUUUCCAAAUUCACUACGUACGAACGCAUCGACAAUCGGGCGGCCGCGGCCGAGGACGAUGUUCCCGACGACGCCAGCAUCCGCUCCCACACCCCUCUCACCGACUCGCCCGCUGCUUCAUCCAAGUACGACGGCCCAUCGGUCCUCCGCGGCUGGCGUGUCGUGCUGCUCUCGCUCCCCGCCAUCUGCGACAUCUGCGGCACCACCCUCAUGAACGCCGGCCUGCUGCUCGUGGCGGCCUCCAUCUACCAGAUGACGCGCGGCGCGCUGGUGCUCUUCGUUGGCGUCUUCAGCGUUGUUUUCCUGCGUCGCAAGCUGUACGCCUUCCAGUGGCUGUCGCUGGUGGGAGUCAUGGUGGGCGUGGCUCUCGUUGGACUGGCUGGUGCGAUUCAGCCGGAUCCGAAACAUCCUAGUGCGGAGGCGGCGGAUGUGGGUGCCGAUGCCCUGAAAGUGAUCAUUGGUGUGUUGAUGAUUGCUGGAGCGCAGAUCUUCACUGCUACACAGUUUGUGCUGGAGGAGUACAUCCUGGAGCGGUCGACGAUUGAGCCCAUUCGUGUUGUCGGGUGGGAGGGCCUCUUCGGCUUUACGGUCACGCUCCUGGGCAUGGUCAUCUUGCACUUUGCCAUUGGACGGACCGAGGCUGGAAGGUAUGGGCCGUUUGACAUGGUGGAGGGAUGGAGACAGUUUUGGGAGUACAAGUCUGUCUUCGUCUCGAGUGUGUUGAUUAUGAUUAGCAUCGGUGGCUUCAACUUCUUUGGUCUCUCGGUAACCCGCUCGGUGAGCGCCACUUCGCGCUCCACCAUCGACACCUGCCGCACGCUCUUCAUCUGGAUCGUCUCGCUCGGUCUCGGCUGGGAAACCUUCAAGUGGCUGCAGGUUGCCGGUUUCGCCCUGCUCGUCUACUUUACUUUCCUGUUCAACGGCAUCGUCCAGCCUCCGUUCGAGUUCCUCCGCGUAAGGGAGGUGGAGGAGUUGUUGCCCGAGGAGCCUAUUGAGCAUAACUGA